AUGGAGUCCUGCAGCUGCUACGAGCACGAUGCAGCAACAAUAAUGCCGAUACUCGUAUCCCAAUUGCCGUAUUCCACAACUCUCCUCAGGCGCAUCCAACACGGCAUCGCCUACCCAUCAGCAACCGCCAAGAUUCUUGCAACUUUCCCUGCCGGCUCAACCCCUGACCCUAAAUUUCCGUGGCUGGCUGCGCGGGUGGAUCUAUUUCUCGGCCGCGAGACCCAGAUGCACAUCUACUCCAGCCUUGAAGCGGAGCCAUCAACCCCGAUCGACGCUGUCAGCGUCAGCCAUACCCAAAUUAACACAGCCGCGACUGCGGAACCCAUUUCCAGUUCCAAUUCCAUCGUUUACACCCUCUCAGCACCCCAGCCCGUCCGAGACCUGGUCCGCGCGCAACUAUUGGCCCUACUCUCUCACGUCAAAACCCACUUCCUGCCGCCUUACCUGUCAUCUUUGUCUCGAGGCCGGGAUCCGAUUUCAGCUACGCCAGCCGACGUCGAUCCAAACAAUGCAGAGAAAAAUGCUCGUGUGGCUUCGGCGAUCACUGACAAUGGCGUGCCCCUGAUCCCCGCGCCUAACCCACAAGCGUUCCUGAUCGGAAGCCUUCAUACAGGUCUCUUUGCGCUACUCCAGCGAUCGGGCACCUACACAGCGGACGAUUCGCUACCCAAUAUUCGGGUUCAUCGCUUCGAUAAUCCACCCUAUCAUAAGUACUUUUUCCGGAGAUCCGAGUUUGCAUCCGCGGAAGCGGAUGCGCAGGCGGAAGCGUCUGGCAGUCCGGCUGGUGCUGAUCUUUUUGCUGAUCUCUCCCUGCCGCCUGGUUACCGGUUCUCGGAUCGUCACGGUAGAUUUGGUGUUCUUGAUGGGCAUUUGGAUCUUGUGCAGAGUCGCACGCAUAUUCCCAGAUCCAGGAAGCAGCUCUCUUCUUUGUCUGGUAUGGCGCUUUAUUGUGAUAGCGAUGGUUCUAUGGAUGGUGGGCGUGAGAUUGGGACUGGUGAUGAAAUGCCUAUUGCGUGGGGUUUCCUUGGUGUUGAUGGUUCUUUGGCUACGCUACAUGUUGAGCCUGAGCAUCGUGGGAAGGGUCUGGCGCUACUUUUGUCUAAGGCGAUCAUGCGUCACGGUAUGACUGCUGAUGGGAUUUUUGGGGCUGAAACUAUUCAGUCUGGAGAUCAAUUGGCUCGUGAGCAGGUUGCGGAGUGGACGCAUGCUGAUGUGUCUGGAGAUAAUAAGGCAAGUCGGAGGGUUAUGGAGAAGAUUGGAGGUAAAGUUUUGACGACGGUCACUUGGACUGUCAUUGAGCUUUGCGAUUGA